GUUAAUAAACACAUGGCUGUUGACAAAACAAAACAAGCGACCCAAUCUCAGUGUUCAAUUCAACUGGUCCGAUUCACGCCCCACCACACGCCUACCUCCACCGAAUCGGACCUGAAAUCGAAUCUGAAGGUAUCUGGGAAGUCAUUUGGUUCCAGAUUAAGAUCAUGGCUGAAGGUGGAGAACUCGAUUUAGGCUCGAUGAAAGUGGCGGAUUUGAAGCGUGAGCUCAAAUCCCGGAGUUUGUCCGUGACGGGCAACAAAACCGAGUUGCUGGAGCGUCUUCAAUUGGCCGUAAUGAGUGAGUCUGACAUCCUAGCCGACGACCCCGAGGACCUCAAUCCCGAGGAUUUGACGGGGGACCAGGCCAGCCCCGUCCCGCCCACCAAGAAGGCCAGGUCAGGCGGCUCCGAGGCCUUGCCCAAGAAGAAAGUCCCCAUCAAGCGCGACAAUCCAGUCUCGACUGAAACACCCGAAGAUAAGAUCCAAGAGGAGCUUGACGCGGGCGCUCCCACCGCCAAAAAAGCUCACGUGCCCGUCACCGCCGAAACCAACGCCACUCCCACCUCCACCCCCACCCUAUCUACUCCAAACACCGACGACCAAAGCGCGCCCAAGGCCCAACCCGACGUCAAGGUCGAUGUGGACAAGGCCAAAGCCCGAGCAGAGCGAUUUGGCAUUAAAGAGCUGUCUGACACCACCAAGAAACUGGAUCGAGCCAAUCGCUUCGGAUUGCCCGUCGAGACUCCAUCCGCCUCCGAAACCACCACCACCCCUGGAACCACCUCUGCUGCCGCAGAAAAGAGUCCGGGUAAAGCGUCGAAGAUUGGUGGCGCGCCCACAGUGGACAUGGAUACGUUGAAGAAGCGGGCCGAGCGAUUCGGCCAAAGCACAUCCAAGACCCUAAAGGAGAUGGAGAUGGACGAGAAGAUCAAGAAGCGUCAGGAGCGAUUCGGGGUGGUGGCACCGGUGGGCAAGAAUGAGCCCAAGCCCAAGGUCAUCUUUAACACAAGUGUGAACUCAGUCGUGUUGGACGAGAAGAUGAAGAAACGGGCAGAACGGUUUGGGAUCACCUCGGCUUAGAAGCAAGCGGCCAAACUGAGGAGUGUGUAUGUGUAGAUAAAUGUAAAGCGCAAGAGUUGGAUCUCAGCCGUGGUGCAAAGACGGGGGCUGAAAUGAGAGAUGUUUUUCGCACUACUACUACUACUACUACUACUACUACUACUACUACUAUUAUUAUUAUUAUUAUUAUUAUUAUUUGUCCGGAGUGCUCGGUAAAUCAAAUCAUGUGGAUAUGUUGCUAAUACAAGUUAAUACUUAAUUUGAA